AUGCUAGGAGACGGCGCAAAUAGCGCCCGCCUCCAAGGUCGAUCGACGUCGGCCUCGGGUAACCUUGCCUAUGUACUUAUUUGUUCAUCAACUAUAUUCUACUUUGUGCUGGAACAAUCGGCGUUCCUUUGGGCCAUGACCAUGACUACCAAUGGUCAUGUUACAUCGGAGCACCAAAACAACAGGCCUCGGAAGAUGGGGCCGACGUCCAGCCGGGAAUGGAGCAGGCCUCGGAAGAUGGGGCCGACGUCCAGCCGGGAAUGGAGCAGGCCUCGGAAGAUGGGGCCGACGUCCAGCCGGGAAUGGAGCAGGCCUCGGAAGAUGGGGCCGACAUCCAGCCGGGAAUGGAGGUAA